UUCACCCCGGAGAAGGAAGAAGGUGAUGCACGUGGUUGACACCCUUCAUCAUUUUUGCCAAUAACUCCCAAACCCUUGAUAAUUUAAUAACCCCCAUUGGCACAGUGAUAGAUAAGGACCUUGAGCAUAUUUUGACCGCUUGGUGACCCUGUGUGACCUCAAAUAUUGGCUUUUUCAGGGGCAAGAUGGGGAGGCGUCCGGCGAGAUGCUACCGCUACUGCAAGAACAAGCCAUACCCGAAGAGCAGAUUCUGUAGGGGCGUGCCUGACCCCAAGAUUCGUAUUUUUGACCUGGGUCGGAAGAAGGCUGACGUGAGAGAGCUGCCGUUGUGCGUCCACUUGGUGUCUGAUGAGUACGAACAGCUGUCAUCCGAGGCGCUGGAGGCUGGACGCAUCUGUGCCAACAAGUACCUGGUGAAGAACUGCGGCAAGGACCAGUUCCACGUACGUGUUCGGCUCCACCCCUUCCACGUCAUCCGCAUUAACAAGAUGUUGUCGUGUGCGGGUGCUGAUAGGCUGCAGACAGGUAUGCGCGGAGCCUUUGGAAAGCCCCAGGGGACUGUGGCGCGGGUGCAGAUCGGACAGCCCAUCAUGUCUGUCCGCACACACGACCGCCACAAGGCCCACGUCAUCGAAGCAUUGAGGAGGGCCAAGUUUAAGUAUCCUGGGAGGCAGAAGAUCUAUGUCUCUCGGAAGUGGGGCUUCACCAAGUUCGACCGCGACGAAUACGAGGACCUGAUGUCGAAGGGCCGUCUGUUCCCUGAUGGCGUGAACGUCCAGUACCGCCCUGAGCAUGGCCCCCUCUCUGUGUGGAAGAGGAGUCAGCUCGAACUUGCUGGCCAGAUCUAGAGAACUGGGUGUCUUGGCUUCUGGUCUAGGCUGCCAAGUCGCUCUCUUACUCAAUAAAGAGCUGGAAUAAA